AUGCCAGCUAAAACUACUAACAAACGGCCAAAAUAUUUCACGCCGAACGAAGUGAGCAUUCACAAUACUUUGAAGGAUUUAUGGGUGUCUUUUUUAGGUAAAGUGUACGACUUAACACCCCUUUGUGAAAAACACGCAGGUACGUUUUUUAACUAGCUGUCCUUCAACAGUUAAGCUUAAUGUUGUUUUCAAUUGAGGAGGUAAUACACGAUAAGCUUAAACACGUUUGAUACUUUUUUGAAGGUGCUAUAAAAUCUUAAAUAUGUAUUUUUGAAGGAUAACAUGUUUUUAUCCUUAAACGUAUUUUAAGAGCGACUUACGAAAUUUUGUAUCUGACGGGUUGAAAAACUUUGGCAGUGACCAUAAGAGGACGUGUGAAAUGCUACAUGCACUAUUUUGGGUGAAACCCAAAUAUUAUUUUAUAGACUAUUAAUUUUAUCGGCUUGUAAAAUUUAUUAACUUCUGAACUGGGUUUUCAAGACUGAAUGCAGACGAAUUUGGCAGUUAUACUGGCAUUUUGGCCCCCCAGGCAUUUUGGUCUCAGUGUAAGCAAGAGGUUAACUAACCUCGUACUGGUUAGCCUACAAAUACAGACAUAUUUGUGGUUGUCACUUCUCUCCACUUGAAAAAAAACGUCUGCGAACCCGAGCCACCGAAUGAUUUCUGUGAUGCAGGACAUUAGUCAAUCACAGUUUAGCUCUUAAAAACCAAGAGCUAACUCGCAAGAAUUCUCACAAGAUUCGUGCAUGGUGGAUAUGUUUUACAGGUUAAAACAACUGGACAGCAUUUUUGCCAAAGGCUUUUUCCAGGAUUGUGGAACUGAUUGAUAGGGGGGCAUUAGGGGGGUUUUCGUCACGAGUUCAUGAACAACAAUUUUGUGUUUCACGAGUCACGAAACAAAUAUUUAUGUCUUCUCACUCAUCAAAAAUAGAGGUCGUACAAAAUGUCAGAAACACCACGUUAGUCCCAUUUUGUAAAACAGAGUGCUUUGAUUAUAUUUUAGCAAGUUAACUAGAGUUUUACGAACCUAAUAUGAAAAACACCGCACAGUUAUUAAUUCCCCAGGGAAGCCAGCUGUAGAUGGGUCUGCGCACACUAAAGUGUGAAGUUACAUCAAAAGACUCAAAAGUGAAGUUAAAUCAAGCCACCAAAUGCUAGUUAAGGUCGUUUGGCCAAAUUAAUGAUUUAUUUUCUUCGAAUUGAUCUUCAAUGUACAGUAUGUGUAAACAAUCAAGGAUUUUUAAUUUUGGCAGUUAAUUCAGGUUUCACGGAGUACACUUCAAUUGUGAUUCACAGAACAGUUUUUCAGUACAUCACGAUUCACAGAUCCCCAAAAUAGUUAAUCACGACAUCAUAAGCCAAGCUUUUUCAUACACAUAGCUACAUCCCUGGUAACCCUACAAUAUUAUGGCUGAGUUCUAGGGUUUAACCCGAGUGCCAUGGGUAAUACCCUACCUGCCCUGUAAAUUAUGCUCUGCUAGGGAUAACUUGCCUACCCAGGAAAACUUUGCUCUGUCAUGCAUGACCAGUAGUCUUGAAUAUUUGAAUGGAGUUGUGAGAUGAAAGUUUACAAAAUAUCUGAAGAACAUGUUAUAUUAGGGUAUGGGAAAAUGGGUAACAAAACACGUGCAACCUGUCUUGCAACAUUGUUGCAAAACAAGUUGAAUAGCAAUGUUGCACGUUUUACCACCCACGUUCAAACCUGUUGACAACCUGACUUGUAAUGCAAGACAGGUUUGAUGUGGGUGGUAAAAUGUGCACCAUCUCUAUUUAACUCAUUUUGCAACAAUGUUGAAGGACCAGUUGCACAUUUUUUGUUGCCCAUUUUUCUGUGCCUUAAAAUAAAGCUCCUUUAUUGAUACUACAUGUAUUUUCCAGGGAAAUUAAAGAAAAUAAUGUCCAUGUUGAUUGGUUUUCAUUGUCUCACCUAACAGAGUGUAAAUGCAAAGAUUGCAGUCAAAAAGUUGCAACUUAUGCAGCUGGAAAAGAAAGCCUUAAAAAAUUCAGGCUUGCCAUGAUUAAAAAAUUUGACCACUUCGAUAACCAUGCUUCCUGGGAUUUGAAGUCCGAUCUUUUCAAUGUGAGCUCAGUGCUGUAACCAUAUUGAGCUAGCAUGUUAGUCAACUCACAAACUCAUACUUCUCUAAAGCCUUAUUAAGUGACAGUCACAUGGGAACAAUGGGUCUGAUCUUCACCUGCUGAUUGUUGUUGUUGUUUAAGGUGAUGUUCUUUUAAAACCAGUCAUUGAAGCUGCAGGAAAGGACAUUAGCCACUGGUUUGACAAGAAAACAAAAGAUGUACGUAUCGUGUCUAUAUGGUGGUUAUUUUAAGCUUUUUUGAUAUUUCCGACCGUGCUGCAAAAAAGGAUCCUCUUAUUGUGUGACUGAAGCCAUGCAUGUUUUGCGAAGAAAGUUUAGGAAAGAUUAAUAAAUGCGAUUUAGAGCUUUUCCAGAACAGGUCAGUCCACGAAUUCUAUCACUUGAAAGAGUUGAUAACUUUAGAACAAGUGAACUUCAGUGAUUAACUUCAGUGGUCGAAAAAAAAUCUUAAUUAGCAAAGGCUAACUGGUAGGGUGUUUAAACUUUUAUUGUAUGCAAAUAAGUCUUGUGAUGAGCAUGCGGUUUAUUUUUGGUAAAUAUGAUUGAAAUGACAUACCAUGUUCUCAUCUCUGGCAGUGAUGUAUUUCUCUCGAAUCGAGGCCCUUGAACUUUCCUUAUUGUAAAUGCAUAUAGAUGCAGACAAAUCUCCAUUCAUCACUAACAUGCAUACUAACCCAGGUGGAAAUCUUAUUAAGAUCUUGUAAGAUCUUGUAAGAUCUUGUAAGAAUCUUGUAAGAUGCUUAUUAAGAUUAAGAUCUUAUUAAGUUCUUGUAAGAUCUUAUUAAGAUAUCAUAUCUUAAAAGAUUUCUUAAUAAGAUCUUGUCAAUAUCUUAAUGUCUUUGUCAUCCUUAAGAUCUUACUAGAUCUUAAUAAGAUCUUAUUAAGAUCUUAAUAAGAUCUUAGAGUUUCUUACUAGGAAAUUUUUACUAAGAUUUUUACAGUAACUUAAUAAGAUCUUAAUAAGAUCUUAGAGUUUCUUACUAGGAAAUUUUUACUAAGAUUUUUACAGUAACUUAAUAAAAUCUUAAUAAGAUCUUGUUAAGUUACUGUAAAAAUCUUAAUAAAAAUUUCCUAGUAAGAAACUCUAAGAUUUAAAAAAAAAACUUAAUAAGAACUUAACAAGAACUUAAAUAGUAAAGGUGCCAAAAUUAAGUUUUCAACUAACUCAGAUCUGCAUGGCCCUCUUAAAGAGAUUGAGUUGUAUUAAAUCAUGUUGCCGAUUUUAUUAAGAACAAAUCCUAUAAUCAGAAUUGAAGUUGCAAAACGUACCAUAAAAAUUUAUUAAUAACGCGUUUAUGUCGGUGUAACCUUUGAACUUUUUCUUUGUUUUGUAUUUACGUUUUUCUAGAUUUCAUUUUGUUGUCUUCUUAAAAGUUAUCUUAAAAGUUUGUUUUACAUCAUCUGCAAGUGUAGCAGUUUCUAGCUCACACCAAGGAUGAGCCUCAAUAACAUCUCUUUUAAAUGAAAACUUAUAUUAUUAUUAUUGUAAAUGAAAGUUUGAAAUAAGUCAAGAUCUUACUAGGAUCAACUUUCAAAAAUAAUUACACAAUCUUAGUCUAGAUCUUAAUUACAUAAGGCGGAAUACUGGUCGAUUGGCUGAAAAUAAGCCACUGUUAACCCUGUAAUAUUUUAAAAAAUGAUUGGAACCAGGCUUAGCCUAAACUACCUGGGCUUUCAUUGAAAAGAGAGAGAGAACAGUGUCAAUUCCAGUUUAAUUCCUUCAAUAAACAGAUCAGAGAGGGUUUAGGAUACUAGCCCCAUUAAGCUUAACCCAAGAGCUGUAUAGUUAAACACAGAUUUAAAAAAUAUUCUUUCCUUCAUAAAAGCAGCUGCCCUCUGAAUUUAGCUUAUUGCAACUCCUGAGUGCAAAUUAAAAACCCUAUUGAAUUUCAUUUGAAUCUUGUGUGUUCCAAUUUCUGUGUCUGUUUUUCAUUUUUUAAAACCUCGUUUAUAAAUUACAUGUUUACAACCCUUGCAUCAGGAUUGCGGUCAAACGCAUAGCAAGCCUGGCCAUUGCCAAGGUCUUGGCUGGGCUUGCCGGGAAAGCGUGGCGUGGACAAACCUUGUAAGCCCGGUCAAGGCCAGGGUUUUGAGGUAAGCCUGGCCAUAGAAGCGUGACUUUUUUGGCCAUGCUAAAAAAUAGGCUGGCAUUUCAUGGCUUUCCCGGCCAGAAAACCAGAAGCCGGGAAAGCCAAGAAUUCGUGGCCAUGUUCUACAAGUGACAGCAAUAAGAACUAGAAACAACAAUAAGAAAGGUAUGUUUUUACAGGAUCAAUACCAAAAAUAGAAAAUACAGAGUUUUAAGAAAUUAGUGCAAGAAAAGGAAAAACAGAUCAUAAGGCUACAGCAAGUCCACUACUCUCUUUCCACAAAGUUUGGCAUUCUAGCAAAACACAAAUCUUGCUUGUUUCCACUCAGAUAAAAAACUUUUUUUUCAAUAGCAGUAACACUGAAUUACUUAUAUAUAGAUACAUGAAGUAAUAUAAAGUUAAUUUUCAAUAUUUGACGACAAAGCGAUUCUGCAAAGAUUAUAUAAAAACCAUUUAAGCAAUAGAAAACGUUUUCUGUGUUUGCAUAGCCUGAUAUAAACAUAAGAGGGGUUGGGAGAAUUCGAGACAGUUAUUGAAACCCAAGACGCAGUCGAGGGUUUGCAUAACGGUCAAGAAUUCUCCCAGCCCUGCGAGUGCAAACACAGGAAAAAAUAUUUUCUAGUGCUUUUAUGAAAUAACUUUCCCAAGAAAAAUAGCAAAACUCUGUUGUUUAGAGCACUGAUUAAAAGAGAAAUUGUUACCAGUCGUGAAGUCUUGUACUCGAAGCUUGUACAGUUAAUCAGUCCUUGUUUUCCAAAUAAGAUGCUUUUCUCACUUAAAAUGUCAGCUCAAGCAAAAAAAAACUUGACACAGCAUGUUUCUAAAGAUUUUUCAAGUUUCAGCCGACGAGGAAAUAGGUAAAUAAACUAAACUUGUCGACUAAUUAUUUUUCAACUCAAAACCUUUUUUAAAUUCUUGCCUGCGUGAUUAGCGCGCAAAAAGCAAAACAUAUUGACGUCACAACCAUGCCUACAUACUCUCAUGCAAACACGCCUCUCGGCUAAUCAGAGCGCACGUACUAUCUGAGUUAUUUUAUAAACUGAAAUAUAUACAAGUACCUCCUAUUCUGAAUUUUCUGUAUGGUUCUUUUUCAUCUGCAUGGGUAAUUUAUUUAACUGUGAGGAUCAUUUCUACUUUCAUAUCUAUAUCCACAUGUCCAAAAAAAAUUGUCAUUUCAUGAAAGCUCAAUUAUUUCCAUUCAUGUCAUUUCCACCAUUGGGUACAUGUACUAGCUCACCAUGGCCAGCUCUCCAGCUGGCUUGAUAAUUUUAAUGGUUAAACGAUUGCAUCCGAUCAAUCGCAUAGCUAGGUCAGGAUUCGAUUCCCGAUCAAGCCUUUAAUUUUUUCAGGUACUUGCUCAACCUUUUAGAUAAUGUCCAUUUUACUGCAAGGAUCAUUUCCAUUUUUAUAACUGUUUCUUACUGCAAUGUGUUCCUUGGAUUUACCGUUCCUCGUAGGUCGAAAGUCCACUUGAACAUGCGAACAGUUCCUUGCUUUGCAUGCUUUUUGAGCUUCCUUUUGGUAGAGUUCGUUCAACUAAUGAAUGAUGUGAUCAAGGUGUCUUUUGUUAGAUCAGAUUUCCAUACACUAAGCUGUGAGCUUUGUCCAACAUGGAUCCGUCCAACAUGAACAACAGCCACAACACGUUUUUCGUCGCAGUUCUUUGAUUGAUAAUGUAGUCCAACAUUUUCUUUCCCAACUUAAAAGAACAACGUUAAGUUUACCUCUUGCUCUCAACACUUCAAAUGCGUUGGUUCAUCUUAAUUAACGCUGAAAAUAACUGCUAUUUAGACCCAAACGGGAGCACAUCGCAUUAGUCGCCAUGUUUUCUUGUUUCCCAGGCCUCCACGUGUGCCUUUGGCACAUGCGCGAUUUGAUUUACUUUGUCACGUGCGGCUUUUGAACCAAUAGAAAAGUGUGAAAUGAACUUCCGUUGAAUAGUUCAAAUUCACGCGGACUUCACAAGCAACAAAGUAUUUUCGUAAGACCGUCUUUCCAUUAUCCGUGUUAUUUUCGAGACAAAGUGAUCAAUUGCGAAGUUUGUGUUCACAUAAAGCAUGUUUGCAAGUAAGUUUACUCAGCUGGAUUAAUGUGGAAAGGUAUGUUUUCCAAUAACUUUGCGUAAAUAUCCUUAUAAAGUUCAAAGAUGCAUGCAAAGAUAUGCCAUUGAUCAGAUCCCUUUUUGCUGCUUUUUGUUUACUGCAGAUCGAAAUAACUGUACUCUUUGUUGCAAAUAGUCAAUGGAAUACUCUGAAAACUGUAUGUUCUGGCGCUACAAGGUUAUAGCAGACUUGUCAAGACCAAUGUUAGACAGGAAAAGAAAUAGCAUAAUAAGUAAAGUUUCUAAUGGCUACUAUACAGGUUAGAAGCAAUAAAUUUUCAGUUAAUUCAUAAGGACUUGAGACUUGAACUUACAUAUAAAAUAUUAGAAUACAGCCUGUAGGUUUGUUUAUUUGAACUUUAAUUCAUAGUAUAAGUUGCAUAAGGUUGUAAGCUUCUGGUACAUGUAAUCUUAAUAUCAUUGCUCCAAUAGUAAGGUCACAAAACAACUAGCAAUGAUUAGAGUCCAUUUUAUAAAAAGGUGUGAUAAUCUACAUAGUAAUUCACAAUUUUCUUUCAUAGUAUUUAUAAACUGACAAAACUUAUAAUGUUUUGUUUUUUCUCUUCUUUUCCUUGAUUUUUGUGGAGGAAAUACAUGUAGAUGGACAAAUCCAAUGAAUAGGCCACUUGCACUAAGAUGUCACGUGACCAAUGCUUCCUUUAAACAAUGAGUUGGAAUCUUGCUGAUGCCAAAAAUUGACAGAGCACGUAAAAAUUAUCAUACAACAGCCUGAACUGAAAUUUGAGAGGAAACGCAUUCAAGGGAGAUAUUUAUGGCACAAAGUAGUAUGAUUUGUAUUGGCCGGCAUGUUGGAGGGCAAGUAUGCCCUCCAACAUGGUGGCCAAAACUACUUUUAGCUUAUAUCUUGUUAAAUGUGUGAUAGUUAUGCUCAGAUAUGCUGUAAACUUUGGCACAUAUUUUCAAUAUUUUCCUUGAAGUUUAAGUGUACAAUUUGUGUUCAGAAAGGGAUACUUCAUAAUUUUAAAAAUCGCAUUUUGGUCAUGUAAUCAUUUUAAGAAAAUGGUGCGGCUUUGAGAAACCAAGUAACUAUUAUUUUAUAUAAGAUAUGACCCACUAAUCGUUUUUCGAAGGCAAAAUCAUAUAACUUUCAUUUUCAUAAAAACAAUGUCACAUGACCUCUUGGUGCAAAUGGCAGUUUUGGCCUAUUGAACAUUGUUUAAGUAACUGGUAAAAUAGCAUGAUUUAAAAAAGAUAAUUAAAACUACGCGAUGCCAAUUCAUUGAAAGAUACAAAUGACAUUAUGGUGUUUUUGCUACAGGGGUGUACUUUGUCAUACUCAGAGUGCAAAGAAAGUCAGUUUUACAGCCUGCCAUUCAGGCAAGCUGUAGCUAGCAUGUAUUAGCCCACAUGUCAUUUUAACUAGCCCCAAACCCUUUUUGUUAAGCAGGAUUGAUUAUAGUCCUUCUGCAAUUUGAAUUUCCCCGAAUAACAGCACUUACCCGUCCAGCAAGUUAAGAGCAAAAAUCACUAGCCCGAUAGCAAAAUCCACUAGCCCCGGGCUAUCGGACACGACUUUCUUUGCACGCUGCGUACUGGACUUGAACUAAUAGUCUGCCCUUUCUGUUUUGUUUCUGAACUAGAGUAUAUUAAAAAUGUGUACAUUUGAAUUAAAAAUAGCUUGUUUUGUGGAAGGAUUUUUUGUCAGGCAUACCUUUUAAUGAGUAAAAUGUUAAAUUAAGAAACUAUUCUUUUUUCUUCAAAAUCCAGUAUCUUGACUUAAUAAUUUUUUUAAAAAUACAUAUAUAUAUAUAUAUAUAUAUAUAUAUAUGUUUCAGUAGUGCAAUGUUACUUUUUCUUGAAUUCACUAUUUUUAAUUAAUGAGGCAAAUAAAUGUAACACCAAACAUGGAGAUUGACUGAGAAAGUCUUUGCAAUUGACGUGGGGGACUCCUUUUUAAAGAAUCAGGUCUUGAUCUUUUGUCAAGGAAACAUUCCAGAAUCCUGACCAAGAAAGUUGAAAGCUCUCUCAACAAUACCUUUUUUUCAUCUUGCAAGAUUGUGUUAGAAUCUUGACCAAGCUCUUGCAAAAUCUAGAACUUCAGAGACAAAAUCUUGAAAACAUUGCGAAAGAAGUUGUUAAGAUUCUAGUUACAGUUCAAACCAAGAUCUUGUAAGGUUUUGGUCAGAUUCUUGUAAGAUCUUAAAAAGGUCUUAUAAGAUCUUGCAAGAUUUCUUACAAGAUCUUGUAAGGUUUUGGUAAGAUUCUUGUAAGAUCUUAAAAGGUCUUACAAGAAUCUUGAUUAAGAUCUUUUAAGAUCUUACAAGAUCUUUGUUAAGAUUCUUGUAAGAUCUUGGAACUUAUCUUGUAAGAUCUUGGUUAAGAUUCUUACAAGAUCUUGCAAGAUUCUUACAAGAUCUUGUAAGAUUCUUACAAGAAUCUUACAAGAUCUUACAAGAAUCUUAAUAAGAUACUUGUUAAGAUCUUGGUAAGAAUCUUAAUAAGAAUCUUGUUAAGAUCUUAAUAAGAUUUCCACCUGGGAAAUCAAUUCAGAAACAAAUUGUCGAAUAUGAUAUAAAAAGUAAAUAUCCUGAAGACCACUCGACCGUCAAUUAAGUGGGAAGUGAAAAACCUUUGCCGAGUAAAUCCUGUUUCAUCUAGAAUUAAUCGCCUCCUCAUUUAUUGUCUAAUCUCCAAGCAAGUGAGACUUAAUUCCAAUAUUAAGAGUGUUGUUGUUUGUUAAUAACUCAGCAAUCUUACUCAGACCCACUGGGGAAAAACCUCUGUAAGUACCCCCCACCCCUUGGAAAUUGCCUCCUUUUGGACCCCUCCUCCCCUCGGAAUUCUGUUGCCCUCCAUGGGGAUAUGGAUAUCCUCUGGAACUACACAUUCUUGGUACAAACUCAACCUCUGUUCUCCAAAUUUGUCGUACAAAUCUCCCCUAAACAGUUGGAUCACUUUGCCCUAAACUAGAAGAUUAUAUAUUUUAAGACUUAGGUGGAUUUUUUGACAUUCAUUUGGCCCAGAUUCGAACCCACAUUGACCCUGUAACAAAGUGCAAAUUCUACUACACUCCAAGAGGACGCUUCAUACACACACCUCCAAGGUGUCCCAGAACAGACUGGGCAAAUGAUUUUGGUCGUCCAUGGUGGAAAGAUGAAUCAUACUGCAUUGGCGUGCUUUCAGCUGUAACAAGGAAAAUCAAAAUUAUCAACACACUGACUUCACAAGAGCAAUGCAUUGAGGUAUUAAUUAGUCUUACAAAACAAAUAACAUGAGUGACUGCUCAAACAAUAAUACCAAGCAUGCAGAACAGCUAAUUUUAUCAUGUUUCUGUUCUUUUUCGCUGGUGAGCAAAGGUCUGAACAUCAGUGUGUGCAGAAUCGCUCCAUGCUUCCUUUAUGCUUGUUUUCACUCACAUGUACGGUAAAAUCCCCAAAAUAAUAACAUUCAUUCAUAAUUUGCAGGCUAUAAAAAUUACACUACAGUAUGUUAUUUAUAAUACACAUGGUCCGGUAAAUUUGUAAACUCUGGUAAGAAAAAAUAAAAAGGGGGGGAAACAUAAUUUGCACAUAAUGUUGUCAUUAUCAUCAUACAAGGUAUAAAAUACUUGUCAAUCAUCAAAAUAAUGACAAUUGCUUUUAUGUUCACUUUUAGAAAUUACAAAAAUAAUCUUUCAUCGCCCAGAAUGCUACUGUCUUUUGCAACAUGUACUUACGGUGCACAGUUUCUCAAUGUGCGGCAUAAUAACUGAAUAAAUAAGCUUUCGGAAAGCCAGCUAAAGGCCGACUACUCUCGUAAAAGAAUCGGUAGCUGUCAAUCACUGUACCGGUUUAAUGCGUAAAGUGUAUUAGAUCUGUCUGCAUGCGAUGGCCAGACAAAUAUUUGUCAAAUGGCAAAAGAAAUGAGCGGAACACUUACCUCUAUUUCAUCGUUGCGUUUCAGUUUCGUAAACCGGUCAAAGCAGCUCAUAUAAAAGACUCGCUCUUUUAUUCGAUUGUUUUCCAUUGCGUUGGUCGCAGAGUUAAAAAUAAUAGAGUUUUUCUAUUUGUAAGACAAAUGAGGUGAAGUAAAUGCAAGAAAGAAUAUUAUUCUCUCUUGGUAUAUAUAUGACAUUUCAUUUUAACAUCAACGAGUUGGUUAACAAUGCUUGAGGGAACAUUGUGUGAGAUAAUCAUUCAAAUUUUGAUCCGUUUCAAUUCAUUAAUAUGCAAGCGGGAGUUUCAAACCAAGUCGCGCUUGUCCUCAGGAUUUAUGGACGUAAGUGAGCAGGACUACUUUUAGAAAUUGACGAAAAGCCAGAACUUCCCAACAACAUAAUCGUACCAAACUUUCAGAGAGUCUUCCUUAAUGGUCAAACUAACAUAGCCACAUGCUGACGCAUGAAUAAAGUGACUUGCCGAACUGAUAUUUAGCCUCAAACGUGACCUCCCAUACAAAAUGGUGACUAAAGCAGCCGAUUUUCAAAGCAAAAAGCCAGAACUUCUACAAGGUCUACAGAAUCACCAGCAGUCUUGUAUUUUUUAUUAACGUCUCUUCUACAAAAUCUAUAUGCUCAUGCUAAUAAUUUUUAUAUAGUUAAGGCAAAAAAGUGUAAAACUUGAGCCACUCUGAACAGUUUUGGCCGUUUUUUCUUUGUUCUGGCCUCAGUUCGCUGAUCAUCAUUUCAGAUUUGGUGCUCAGAGUGCGCUUAAAUUUCCUGGAUAUGUCGCGUGAUUCUGGGCAAUUUGUUAUUUCUAAAAGGGAACAUGGCAGCAUGCAGGGAAUACAAUAUUUUUUUGAGCUUGUGAAACCAUACUACUAGCACAUAUCUUUUUGUACAUAGACCUGGAUCCCACCACUGCCCAGCCUACCUGUGUAAAUAUCUUUCCACAGGUUUGUUCAGAGGAAAUACUGAGUGAAAUCCAAGAUCGUUAUCUCAAGUACAAUGCACAUGCAGCCAGUUAUACUUGGAAAUACAAUGGGAGGAACCUGGACAUGAACAAGACCCUAGAGGAGAAUGGAGUCAUUGAUGAAAGUGAGCAGUUUUACAAACUGAGAAUGAACAAUGAACAAUUUCUACCUGCAAUGCAUUUAUACUUUAAUGAUGACCUCACAGAAGCAUAGGGCACACUGAGUCAGUCACACUGAGUGGAUUUAGUUACAUGUUUGUAAAUAUACUUCUUACCUUUGAUUAAUCCUGUAAAAAUGACUAAUAUGUGUAAAUUUUUGUUUUGGUCUUUUUUCCCCCACUGGGAAGGGGGUGUAAAGUAGUAGUAUAGUAUUGGUUGACAAUUUCCACAUGUACAAAACUAUGGAAUUUUUUCAAGACAAAUAAUAAAACUGUGAAAGGUUUGAACCCA